CCUGAUCCUCAUAGUCGGUUUGUGUGCUAAAAACGGUGUCGCAUCGCAGAGAAUGCUUCUCCGUCGAGCCUCCACCCUGUCAUGGAGGUACCAUCGUAUCUAUCGUCCAUGGAGGUAUGGUUCCAGCCAUCGUAUCUAUCGUCUAUCGUCCAUGGAGGUAUGGUUCUCAUCGCUGGGAAACAACUUGAAUUGGGGAAACAGCGGAGUGAAGUGUUCUCGCGGAAUCGCGAGUGGCAUUUCUGCGGCUCCUCGUUAUGACCCCGAUACAGAUUUUAAAUGGAAGCGGUUUGGGUCACUUUGGGAAGAAGCAAAAGCCUGCUCAUGGCGGAAGACUUAAACAUGGACGAGGCAAUUCAAAAUAUGGAGGCGGUACGAGUUAUUCCCAUGGUUUUCCUAAGGCCAAGCCAUAUGAUAUAUGCCUAUGUGGAAACAGGAGAUCUGCUACCAUAUCCACAGGCUCUUUGAAUGAAAUGGGGCACACUGAAAUGGAAGGGGCAAAACAAAGAGUACUGAGGCCUGGGAUGGUUCUACUAAAACGGUACAUCACCCAUAAAGAACAGGUUGAAAUUGUAAAGAAAUGUCGCUAUCUUGGUAUUGGCCCAGGGGGAUUCUACCAGCCGGGUUACCAAGAUGGAGCAAAACUUCGUCUGCAGAUGAUGUGUCUUGGUAUGAAGUGGGAUCCCAUGUCAAGAAAAUAUGAUGACACUCGGCCUGUUGAUGGUAGUGAGCCACCUUGCAUUCCACGCGAAUUUAGCCUGUUGGUUAAGAGAGCAAUUCAAGAUGCACAUGCCCUUGUUAAGAAAGAAUACCAUGUUAGCAAUGUGGAAGACAUACUCCCUCUAACAUCUCCUGAUAUAUGCAUCGUCAACUUUUAUACUACCAGUGGGAGACUUGGGCUCCACCAGGAUCGUGAUGAAAGCAGAGAGAGUCUCUGUAAGGGAUUGCCUGUUGUCUCCUUAUCCUUGGGCGAUUCCGCAGAAUUCCUGUAUGGAGAUCAGAGGAAUGUGGACAAUGCAGAGAGAAUUUUUCUGGAAUCAGGAGAUGUUUUGUUUUUUGGUGGUAAAUCUAGACACAUAUUUCAUGGUGUGUCGUCCAUCAUACCAAAGUCGGCUCCAAAGGCCUUGCUGGAAGAAACUCGUCUUCGUCCUGGCCGUCUCAACCUUACCUUCAGACAGUUUUGAGAAACCUUUCACUAUACUACAGGUCAGCCUUUUGCUUGAUUUGCAUCCUAACUUUGUAAGAUAUUUCAGCAGCACAGCCCGGCUAAAUUUGUCUUAUACGCUUGAUUAAGAUUUGGACCUACUGAAGUGAUUAUGUUUUGUUAGGCUUGUCGUUUGUGUAUUUAUUCGUGUUCGAAUGGAACCAUCUGCUUUCACUUUCCAAA